AUGAAUUAUUUUGUGAUCGAAGGAUAUAAAGAUGCAGCUGAAACAUUUAGUCAAGAAUGUGGUUUAUCACCAAGUAUUGAUGUUGAUUCAAUACAAGAUCGAAUGAAUAUUCGCAACGCCAUUCAAAAUGGAAAUGUUGAAGAAGCAAUUGAACGUGUGAACGAUUUAAAUCCCGAGAUAUUAGAUACAAAUCCGAAAUUAUAUUUUCACCUUCAACAACAACGUUUGAUUGAGUAUAUUCGUCAAGGAAAGGUGGCGGAAGCUUUAGAAUUUGCACAAGAUGAAUUGGCACCUCGUGGUGAAGAAAAUCCGGAAUUUUUGGAAGAAUUGGAGCGUACAAUGGCGCUACUAGCCUUUGAUGAUACGGCAGUGUCACCCGUUGGUGACUUACUUCAUCCCUCACAACGUCAACGUACUGCCAGCGAACUAAAUGCAGCUAUAUUAACAUCCCAAAGUCAGGAAAAAGAUCCAAAACUUCCUAGUAUGUUGAAAAUGUUGGUUUGGGCACAAGAUGAGUUGGAUGAAAAAGCUUUUUUUCCUAGAAUGAAAAAUCUUGUUACUGCAGAAUUAGUUGAAA